GGAGCCAUGAAGAUCCCUCUGUGGUGCCUGCUGGUUCUGCUUUCGUGUUUCGUCACCCCUGGACGCAGCGACUGCCAGGGGGAGUGCCUGGCCUGCGGCCUCGUCCUACAGAAGCAGCAACUGCAUCAAGCCUUUGACACGAUGAUGUGCAUUUUAGAGUGCAAAGGUCAGAUCUCCUCCUCGCGCACCUGGGAGUCGUGCGAGCGCGCCCUGAAGCUCGCCAUCUAUCCUCCGCUUGCCGAGGAAGGCGGCCUUCUGAAAAGCACGGCGGGAGAGCUGCGGAUGACCUCCCUGGAUCUGAACGCUGAUGGCGAACUGCAAUCAGCGGCCGCGCAGCCUUACCAAGAGGAGGAUGGGGACCUGGUCGAGGACCCCUUUGAGCAGCGCCGCGUCCAUUACGAUUCAUCGCUGCUGGAAUCCUCGGAGGCGGGGGAGGACGUGCAGAGCCUGGCUCUCCAUCUGGACGAUGGAGACGGCGAGCAGAGGGAAGGUGGGAAUGUCAGCGAGCGGGAUGAAAGCUCGGAGGCCGUUAGCUUAUCCAAACGCUUCGGCGGCUUUCAGCGGGGGCGCCACGGUUACAGGAAGUUGAUUGGCUCCCCGGCGAGACACCUCCAGAAGCGCUACGGAGGCUUCAUCGGCGUUCGCAAAUCUGCCCGAAAAUGGAACAGUCAGAAACGGGUCAACCAGCUGCUCCGGCAGUACCUCGGCAUGAGGAGCAGCCGUAGCGGCCGCUUCAACUUCUCCCCGGUAACAAGAGCCUGGAGGCAAAACAAACUGUAAACACCUUGCCCACAAACCCGCUACGCAUACUUGUACCUCAACCACUCAUCUUUUCAACAGUCUGAACUGUGACUUCCACCGUCGUCGUCGGCUCUUUGUGUCCAACCAGUAAAACUCACGAGGAAUGCUUUGACCGUGAUCAGUAUUUAUCAUGCCGUCCUGUGAAAUAAAAGAAUUUAGAGAAGUGCAAUUGAAUAGAUUUGUGUGUGUCGGUGCAACCAGCAAGACGGGCCAAAUGAGAUUGGAAAAACGGAAAAACAAGGUGUGACGUUUGACUGCACUCUCAUGAAUGGUACUUAAAAGUCAUUUGCGCUCCAUUUUGGGAAACCCGACAGCCCGGCGAGCUCUCAUUAGUUGUGUUGAAUUGAUUGAAAUGUCUAGACUUGGAACUUUAACAUUCUGGUGUACGUCUCGCGAUUGCCAAACUCAGACAAGUGGUGCGGUCUGCAAUUCAGAGUCUCCAAACCUUUUUUUUUUUUUUAGUUGUAGUUAAAAUUGCCCUCAGUGCGCCAGUUUGGAUCAAUGAAACCACAAUAUUGAAUCGUCGCUUUCAGUUAAAAGGCAACGAAUCAAAUAGGGUUGUUUGUUUUUAAAGCAUCCACUGCAUCUCAUUUCAAAUUCAGACCCCCCCCCCCCCACCCGCCCCCACAAAAAAAAAAUAUGCCGCUUUAUGGUCCAAGACAUGAUUUACGGGUGAAAUAACACUGCCCUCUAGUGGCCGAAAAGGAUGCGCACGCUAUGAACCGCAUGCAAUCAUGUGGAUGUUUUUCUUUGGCGCUGCAAUCACGACGAGAUUACAAAGAACAACAACCCAUUGGCUCGGAACUCUCUUGUCUGUGUAAUUAGGCGCAAAUUACAUAGUUAUCUCCUGGAACUUUUUCUUCCGCCUCAGAAAGUUUUACCAAAUGACCUGCUAGGGUUUUCAGCUAUUGAAUUCGCUCGGUAAGAAAAUAAUAUAUAUAUAUUUUAACAAAGUUUGCAGAUUUGGCCCGACUGUCGUAAUUGCAAAACACCCACACUGCUCUCUUUCACACACACACACACAAAAGCAAGUUUGUUGUGUGGAAUGAAAGAAGAAAGGAGAGCCUCGUUUGUACUGAAGUCAAUGGAGCUGGAAAUCAUUGGGUGGGUGGCACACCGUGCAAAAUGACGCCAUUCUAAUGUAUUGUUAAAGAGCAGAGGGGAGGAAUUAACAGUGCAUGUCAGCCACGGUCAUCAUUGUACCAAAAAAAAAAAACUAACAUUUAUUUUCCUUCACAGCCACCGUUUAACAUCUUAAUAGUGUAUUUUGCGAUGUAAUGAUGUCUGUACAGUGUGUGUAUUUGCGUGCGCGCGUGGAGUGUGUUUGAGAAAUGUUGCACCUGCAUGUGUGCAUGCUUCUCUAACACCCGCAUCUCAAAAAUGACAUUUGUGGAUAACAAUGUAAAAAUUUAAAGAAUUUUUAACAUUAAAUCAUUGUUGUAAGACGUCAUCAAAUGUGUAUAGAAAAAAAAAAGAAAAUCAAGAAUAAAAUAGUUUGCUAUUU